AUAAAAGUGAUUUACCCAAAUAAGAACAAGUACUCUCUCUCCCUCACUCUCCCCUCCUUUCCCCUCUAACUUCCUCAAUUCAAACAAAGAAUAACCCUUUGGAGACUAUUUGUAAUUUUCUGAUUUCAGACCAUUAGAUCGAGGAAUAGAUUGGAAAUCGUUCUUUUAUUUUUUACUAGAUUUCCCUUGUAUUUUCUCUAGAGAAAUUUAUGGAGAGCUAAUUGGGGUUUUUCUUAUUUUUCUCACCUAUCUUUCAUUUUAAGUACAGGGCUGGAUUGCACCUUCUGCCGAAUCAAAACCUAAACUCUCCGCUUCCGGUGACCAAAGUCAAAGAAGGCAUGCCCAAAGCCGCCACCAUCUCCCUCUUGCUCGCGGCCCAGCUGCGCAGCCUCUCUCUCCCCUCCUCCUCCGCCGAUAACUUUCGAUCAGCUCCUGCUUCUUCUUGCCAAUCUGUUUCUUUCAGAUCGAACCUUUCCCUAAAAAACCCUAACUUUCGCGUCUCUGCAUUUUCAAUGAGCAUCGGACCUUCCGAGAAAAUGUCUCCGACUUCUUUCCUUUACCGGAGAGAAACCGGGAUUCUUUACUUUGUUAAGUACCAAGGCCUUGGGAACGACUUCAUUUUGGUAGAUAAUCGGGACUCGACUGAACCAAGGAUCACGCCGGAGCAAGCGGUGAAGCUGUGUGAUAGGAACUUUGGUAUUGGAGCUGAUGGAGUGAUUUUCGCCAUGCCAGGAGUUAAUGGUACUGAUUAUACCAUGAGGAUAUUCAAUUCUGAUGGUAGCGAGCCUGAGAUGUGUGGUAAUGGGGUGCGGUGCUUCGCCAGAUUCAUUGCUGAGCUUGAGAGUUUACAGGGGAGGCAAAGUUUUACAAUCCACACUGGUGCUGGUCUUAUAGUUCCAGAAAUUCAAGAUGAUGGGAAGGUUAGAGUUGAUAUGGGCGAACCUAUACUAAAAGCAUCAGAUGUACCAACAAAACUGCCACCAAAUAAAGAUCAAUCUGUUGUUAAAUCGGAGCUUAAUGUUGAUGGACUAACUUGGAAUGUGACUUGUGUUAGUAUGGGCAAUCCUCAUUGCAUAGCUUUCAGCACCAAAGGAGGGCAGAAUUUGCAAGUUGAUGAGCUAAAUUUAGCAGAAAUUGGUCCUAAAUUUGAGCAUCAUGAUAUGUUCCCUGCCAGGACUAACACAGAAUUUGUGGAAGUUUUCUCUCCUUCACACUUGAAAAUGCGUGUUUGGGAACGUGGUGCAGGAGCAACUUUGGCCUGUGGAACAGGAGCUUGUGCAGUAGUGGUUGCAGCUGUUCUUGAGGGUCGGGCUGGAAGGAAAUGCACGGUUGAUUUACCUGGAGGACCAUUGGAGAUCGAGUGGAGGGAAGCAGACAACCAUGUAUACAUGACUGGACCAGCUGAAGUGGUAUUCUAUGGAUCAGCGCCCCUAUAAUGGAUCUAUGCUGAAACACUAUCCACCGACAAUCGGAUUCAUUUUCAAUGUUCGUAGAAAUUUGGGACAGAAGAAGCCAUUGUAUGGCAAUGUUCUUUCUCCUUUGCAAUGAUUGUUCAUCGUGUUGUGUAUUCAUUGUUCCUUUUUCUUUUAGCGACAGUUUUGUUUAUUAACCAACGAAGAUUUCUUCUAAUUUAGAGUCUCAGAUGUUUUUGCUAACCAUGCAGUGGAAAUGAUCAAUUGAACUUAAUUUGAUCGAACUUCCGUCUGUCCUAAUUCAGGUUAUAUAACAAACCAAUUUUAUCUUC